UCAAAGAGAGCUAAGUGGGAAAAUCUUCAAUGAACGAAAAGGAGUACUGGGAGAUGGUGGAUUCACACCCCAGGGAGAGUGAUCUAAGCUCCUCCAAGGCCUGUCCUUCAGCUGAGCUGGCGUUUCUGAAUGAAGGGGGGAAGAGGAAGGCACUGCGGAGUUUCUGCAGCACUGAAACAAGGCCAAAUUACUCCAACAGAGCUCUGUCAAAAAUGUCUCUCUCUUAUCAAGAAGACCAAGUUUCUAAACGCUUACAUUACUGUAUCAGAAGAGGUGGCCUUAAAGCAAGCUGAAGAAUCAGAGAAAAGAUACAAGAAAGGUCGCUCACUUGGGGAUUUAGAUGGAAUUCCCAUUGCAGUAAAAGACAACUUUAGCACGUCCGGCAUUGAGACAACUUGUGCCUCAAACAUGCUGAAAGGUUACGUACCACCUUAUAAUGCUACAGUUGUUCAGAAGUUGUUGGAUCAGGGAGCUGUCCUGAUGGGGAAAACCAAUUUAGAUGAGUUUGCAAUGGGGUCCGGAAGCACAGAUGGUGCAUUUGGACCAGUUAAAAACCCCUGGAGUUAUUCAAAACAAUACAGAGAAAAGAGGAAGCAGAAGCCCCACGGGGAGAACGAGGAUUCAGACUGGCUUAUAACCGGAGGAAGCUCAGGAGGGAGUGCGGCGGCCGUAGCAGCAUUCACAUGCUUUGCGGCUUUAGGAUCAGAUACAGGAGGAUCGACCAGAAAUCCAGCUGCCCACUGUGGGGUUGUUGGUUUCAAACCAAGCUAUGGCUUAGUUUCUCGUCAUGGCCUCAUUCCCCUGGUGAAUUCAAUGGAUGUGCCAGGAAUCUUAACCAGAUGUGUGGACGACGCAGCAAUUGUGCUGGGUAUGCUGGCCGGGCAUGACCCCAAAGAUUCUACCACAAUACAAGACCCUGUCAAACCAUUUACACUUCCCACUUUGACAGAUGUGAGCGAACUAUGUAUAGGAAUUCCGAAGGAAUAUCUUGCACCAGAAUUAUCAGGUGAAGUGCGAUCUUUUUGGUCCAAAGCUGCUAACCUCUUUGAGUCUGAGGGGGCCAAAGUAAUUGAAGUGUCCCUGCCUCACACCAGUUAUUCAAUUGUCUGCUACCAUGUAUUGUGUACAUCGGAAGUGGCAUCGAAUAUGGCAAGAUUUGAUGGGCUAGAAUAUGGUCAUAGGUGUGACAUCAAUGUGUCUACUGAAGCCAUGUAUGCUGCAACCAGGCGAGAAGGGUUUAAUGAUGUGGUGAGAGGAAGAAUUCUCGCAGGAAAUUUUUUCUUAUUAAAAGAAAACUAUGAGAAUUAUUUCAUUAAGGCACAGAAAGUGAGACGACUCAUUGCUAAUGAUUUUGUGAAGGUUUUUAACUCUGGAGUGGAUGUCUUGCUGACUCCCACCACCUUGCAGGAGGCAGCACCAUACCUGGAGUUCAUUAAAGAAGACAACAGGACACGAAGCGCCCAGGAUGACAUUUUUACACAGGCUGUCAAUAUGGCAGGAUUGCCAGCAGUGAGUGUCCCUGUGGCUCUCUCAAACCAGGGGUUGCCAAUAGGACUACAGUUUAUUGGACGUGCAUUUUGUGACCAGCAGCUCCUUAAAAUUGCCAAGUGGUUUGAAAAACAAGUACAGUUUCCUGUUAUUCAACUUCAAGAACUAAUGAAUGAUGGUUCAUCAGUCUCUGAAAUUGAAAAGUUAGCUUCUGUUUCUCUGAAACACUAGUGAUAAAUAUAGCACGCAAAUUAAAAUAACUUGAAGAUUUUAUAUUCGAGAGAAGUCCGAUGAUCCUGCUCAAUUCCUGUAAUUUGGUUCCUUGUCAACACAGUCGUUCGUUGGAAUCCCCUUUUAAAACUCUUGUGAUACCGUUAAUUAUAAAUCACUACCAGCAUCUAUGAGGUAUCCACUGAGUGUAAAGUACAGAAUUUUUACAUUAACACAGACACACGUUCGUGGAAAGUGAGGCAUUCUGCAAAAAUGUUCAUUAAGAACAGAGCUUAGAGUACAAGUAAGCUUAGGGAUAAGCCGCUCAGAACUUCCACAUCUUUGUAACCAAAGUGCUAAUAAAAGCUGUAAUUUGUGCCUCCAGAGAGAACGUGAACAGCCAGGCAGAUGGGCAACUCAAACAUAGUGGAGCUGCCUUGGGGGAGGUUAAAAAAGGCACAAAAACAAUAAAAUGGGAAUAUUUGCUUCUGAGUGCUGAACGAAGGAGGUAGAAGAGGCGCUCCGAGCGCUGGAGGAAGUGCGACGUGCUGGGGCCCAGGGUCAUGCAAGACUGGGGGUACGCCCCUCUGGGGACGAGCGCAGGUGCAGACGCUCUUGAUUGCUCUAAAUAUAGAGCUGCAGUGACUGAACACUUUGUCCUGUUUUGCUAACGUUGGAAAUGUGACUUCUGCCAUCGCAGGACCCCAUGCCAAGGAACUAGAACAACUCCAUGGAACUCAUUCUCCUAUUUACCAACCACAAAGGAACUCGCUGGUGUCACAGAAACAUUUGCUGUAACCUAAGAGUCCAUAUUGGACUUGAAACUUGGGAGGCAGUGGAGCAUGAUUUUAGUGAGAAAGUUUCAAGAUAGACAAGUAUACCCAGUAUGAAAAACUGGCAGAUAAUCUGGUGAGGAUGCCACAGCCUCCUUCCUCACCCGAGCUUUCUCUGUUACUUACAGUUUCCUUACCCUCUUAGUUUCUUUACAGAUGCUCUCUGUUUGGGUCCCUUGAGCCCAAAGGGACAGUAACGAGAAUCCAUAUUCAAUUUGAAAGAAAAUUUUAGGAAAAUCAUUCAUUUCACCACUAUAAAGUUUCAUUAUUGGACUUGUCUUUGCCAGAACACCAUUGUCAUCUCGCGUUGAUCAGGUCUUCAAAUUUGGCACUUACGUACAACUGAUAAUUGUAAGUGGGAAGGUGAAUUGUUAUUAAAUAAAUUCACUUUGUUUAGUAAGGAAAAAGUCUUUUCUAAAUACAAGGUACACGCAAGAGAAGUCUAAGUGGCAGAACCUUCUGCAGGGUCACUGGAAUGUUGUAUGGUGGGAAGUUAGCUUGCCUGUUACUUUCUCAUUAACAGUUUUCUCUCCUCCCAGGAUCCUUCCACUCCCAAAUGGUCUGACAAAGUUUAUAUAAAAUCUUUCUGUGCCAGCCCCACCAGUUUUCUUAUGAAUCAUGACUGAAUCCCUGAAAGAGGAAGACAUUCACAAGAGAGAAUUGCAUUUUUUUGUGACAAGGGAAAACCAUCUUAGUUUGAAGGAGCUAAUACGAUGUAAAAAGCAAACAAUAAAUCUUUGCCCCAGUCUUUUUUUAA